GGAGGUCACGACCCUUGUGUGAAGACCAAAGGCAGCAUGGCUGUAGCGAGUGAGGCGGAGUGGAUCCCCAGCCCCGAGGCAGAAAGGAGCCCGGAGAGUAUCCCCGGCACCGGGGGGACGACUGUUCCGAGGAAAAAGAGAAAUCGAGGCCCGGGAUCAAACAUCGGCCUCCUCCAGCAGAAUCGCCAGUUCCUCGACUUCUUCUGGGACAUCGCCAAAGCCGCGCAGGAUGUGCGGCUGCAAGGGAUCAAGGGCCUGUUGGCUUAUCUGAAAAGGCCAGAGAGCCGGGAUGAUGAGCUUCAAUAUGCAAUCAAGCGUCUGAUUGAUGGCCUGGCAGCAACCCGUGAAACCGCCCGUCCAGGCUUCAGCUUGGCCCUGGCACAGCUCCUGCAAUACAAUGAGGAAAUCCCUCUGCAGACAGUCCUGGAGCAUAUUAAAAAGAAACAUGAUGUAACAAAAGCAAAGAAGCAACUCAUCCGAAAUGCUGCAUUUGGAAACCUCUUUGGUGUGUUGGCACUUUCACAGUCAGGACGACUCAUAAAGGAGCCAAAUAUACUUCUGCAGUCGAUCCAGCUGCUGCAGAGCCUCAGUCAUUUUAAGCAGCACCUCUCUAAUCUGCCAAGAAAAACAAUUGUGGACAUCCUGUCUGAGACUCCAGAGGCCGUCUUCAAGGAGAUCCUGUUUGAGGCCUUAAAGGCGGAUAUGUCCUCUGCCUUCAGCAACCCAGAACUGUUACAUUUGCUCCUGGUUGCACUAGAACGCUUCCCAAACGUUCUGAAACCCAAGACGCUGAAAACUUUGCUUGGAUCCACUACCAUCAUGACAUCAGAAAAUAUUCCCAAGUUACUUGAGAUGCUAAAACUCUCUGCCAAGGCUGUGAAGAAGGAUCAGACACUGCCACCCCUUGCCUUAAGCCUGGUGCACAUCGUCUUGAAGGAAGGCACAUUCGAAACCUUCUGGAAGGAGCUGGUGGAGAAUGGCUUGCUCAAACACCAAACGGGGCCCAGCUGCUUCCUGUGUUUCCGGUUACUUGGUGCCACAUUACCAUUGCUAACGCUGCCCCAGCUUAACCUCGUUCUCACAGGAGAGGUGAUGCAACAUUAUGGGAACCAUGUGCUUUCGGCCCAGCUCCCAGACAGGUUCAAGUUCGCACCAGAAAUGGAGACAUAUGUUGACUCGUUUCUUGAAAACAUCCAGGAUGCAGAGAAACAAUUCACUGUGAUAACAAAGUUUACGUGCCUCACUAACCGAGGUAACCCUGUGAUCCCCAGCUACUGGAAAGUGGUCCAUCACCUGCAGCCCUCAGUUUUGUUGAAUUUUGUCAGCUGGUUAAAAAGCAUGUUCAUCAAUCCCAACCUUGGGACCUGCAUAGAUUUCAGCACCAAACGGCAGAAGGAGUCCAAGGAACAAGCUGACCUAGCUCAAUACUCAGUGCUGAGGCUGCGAACAUGGAUUGUUGCACGGCUGUCCUCAAUCGUAGACAAUAAUCAAGUGAAGAAAGAAGAGGAUUUGGUAAUGGACAUUGCCAGGUUUGUUUUCUUCCAUGCCUUCUUUGCAACUGAACACCAAACACCUGACAUCCCGGAGACUGAGGCCACACUGUCCAUUCCUCUGGACCAAACCACACGGAACAUAAUUGCAAAUUCAUUUUUUGGUCUGUUGAACCAUCUGAAUUCCCUGCCCCCACUGGGUGACUCCAGAGAAUCAGUGGGUAGGACAGAGAAGCGCACGCUGGGAUUUACGGCGGAUGGAAACUUGUGGAUUUCCCGUGUGGUUCAUUACGCCAAUGCCCUGCUGUUAGAGAAGAAAUCUGUCAGAGUUGUCAAACCCUUUAUGCAAGGGCAGAGAGAAGCCUGGAACCGAAUGCUCCAGUCUGUCGAGGAUCUACAGAAAAAAUCAAAGAAAUCUCAGCAGUUGGAGACCUCAGCCUUUCAGUUGCUCUUCCUGCUUGUAGGCAUUCAUCUCUUCAAGAAUGGUGAGGAUUCUGUGGCACUGUUGAAUGACAUCCACGAAUGUCUGCAGAAAGCAUUGCUGAAGAAAAGGAAGAAGCACUCAAAACCUGUCACAGAUGAGGAGCAGCCAGAGUGGGUGGAGGUGAUGGUUGAAAUCUUAUUGUCUUUGCUCUCCCAACCGAGUCGUUUGAUGCGGCAAAUCACAAAAACUGUGUUUGUGCGGAUUUGUCCUCACGUGACUAAGGCAGCGCUACAGCUCAUCCUGGAUGUCUUCAAACCAGAAUCUGAAGGUGGUGGAGAGAGCGCGGUGAUUGUGACCGAAGAGCUAGAUGAAAUGAAGAAGGUCAAACUGCCAUCCAGAUACGAGAUGGAGGGGGAGAGUGACAGUGAUGAAUCGGAGGAGGAGGGGGACGAUGCUGAUGAUGAAGACGAUGAUGAAGAUGAUAGCGGUAAUGAGGAAGUUGAAGAGGAGGAGGCUGUGGAUGAUAACUUCCGCAUGGAAUUGAUGAAGGUUUUGCAAGCAGGACGUGCAGUAUCCAAGGAAGGUGAGAGCAGCGAUGAGGAGGAGGUGGAUGAUGAGACGAUGAUGGCGUUGGACAAGAACAUCUCCUCCCUCUUCGCCGAACACAGGAAGCGCCUCCAAGCCAAGAAAGACCAGGCGACAAAGCUAAGGAAAGAGAAGACCCUGCGGACAGAUUUUAAAAUGAAGGUCCUCGACCUCAUUGAAGUGUUCCUUGUGAAACAGCCUGAAAGUCCGCUUGUCUUUGACAUUAUUGAGCCCUUGAUUGCAAUCAUUGAAGAAACCCCAAGCUCUCACUCGGACCAGCAGGAGCAAGACUUCCUCCGCAAGACUGCAGACAUCUUCAAGAAUCAGCUGUGCAAAGCUAAGCACUAUUGCCGAGACAUCUCUGAGGUGAAGGAGGACUUGCACGAGUUGAUGGAGCGAUUGCUAAAUCAAGCCUGCCAACAGCCAGACUCCUCGGUAUCGCUUUACUGUUUCAGUGGAGCACUUUAUCUCUUCAGAGUUCUGAAAGGAAAUCCAACUGAACCUGCAGCAGCUGACACAAGCGAAGAGGAAGCAGUGCAAGAGCAGAGUUCGCAAACUCAAACUAGGCAGGUUGAUUCAAUUGGUAGCUUGGAUAUCGUCAGAGUGACUGAAAUCUACAAGAAAGCACUGUCUCUAUUUAUGACCAAACGCAACUGUUCCCUCACUGGACCCAUGUUCAUCGAUCUCUUCAAUCGUUUCCCAGUUAUGUGCGGUCAGCUACUGCAGCCUGCUAUCAAGUACAUCACUGAUGGAGUGCGGCAGCACCAGCAGGGCCAGGCCUGCUCUCUUGUCCUGAAGGCUCUGCAGACCCGGGAGGUGAGAGAGACCUUGAUAGACACCGAAGGGAAAGCACUCAUCGAACAAGUCAUCAACCAGAUUAAACAGUGUUUGAGGACCGUGACGAAGAUUAAAUUGAAGGUGGACCAGGAGAAAGUGGUAAAAUGCUUAGAGCUGAUCAGCGGUCUCAUCAAGAUUGUAGAUCAACAGAAGCUCAAUGUCUCGGUGAAGCAGCUGGUACCUGCUCUGCAGAAGCUGGGGCAGCUGGAAGAGUUUGGCAAGACUUCGCAGGUGGACCAUACGUACUGGCAUGUGAUGAAACGAUUCGGAAUCAUGCGACCAAAGAAGGAGAAGGUGAAAGCACGGGUACAAAACCCAGUGGCUGCGCAGGGAGUCCUGAAGAAAAAGAAGGGAUUUCUCCCAGAAACUAAGAAGCGGAAGAACUGGAAGAAGACGAAAGGCCCAGUCCAGGAGGAUGUGCAGGAAGGGAAAGAAAAUUCCAUGGGAAAACCUGAAGAUGUUCCGAAGGCCGAAGAGGUUGGUCAGGAGAAAAAGAGAAACAAAAGGAAGAGGAAGAAGAAGAAGAAGAAUCCAGAGAGAGGCGCAACAGGAAACCCAGGAGCAAAGUCAGGCCCCCCAGCUAAAAAAAUCAAAACAAAUGCAGUGGAGAUGGGACAAGGCGAUAAGGUGGGCAAGCGGGUGACUGUGAAAAAGGAAAAGCAAGGGGGUGGAGCAGCAGAGUAAUCACAACUGUGAACAAAUGCCAUUGCCGGUUCACACCCAGGUUUUCCAGAUGUCCCCUACUCCACAGUGCUCGACAACCUGGAUUACAGUAACUGGGCCAUGAGUGAACUCAGUGACUGAAGGCUGUGACAGCUUUGCAUAUUGCACAUGAAGCACACCUAAUGGUUAUACUGUUAUCACGCAACUGACCCAAUUAUUUGGGUUGAAUGGUUUGAACUCCACAAUCCAGGAGGUGGAAUCUAACCUUACUGCGCUGCAUAAAACUGCAAGAUUUACGUGAACCCCUCCCUUUGAUUAAAAAAAAUCUCUUAAAAUGUAACUGUUAUUUUUAUUGGAAUCCUAUAGCAUAACACAAUGGGACUCAUUGCCAUUGAUGAUCAUUUUGGAUACAGAAUGUGUCUGUACCCCAGGGAUGAGGUGCAUGAACUCUUGUUUAUAUUUCCCCCCCCCCCAAAAAAAAUGUUUUGUUCAUGUUGGACUUUUAAAUAAAUGCAGAAGUCUGUAUCUUUAUCAGUUGCCAGUUUUCAGUAAGCUAUCGGUGUUAAGGGACAAAGGCCUUGGAGUUGAGGCACAAAUCAGCCUUAAUCGGAGAUUAAUCCUCAAGGGCUGAAUGGUGAUCUCCUCCCUGUUCCUAAGUAACAGGUUUGUGGGGCUGAAUGGCCUCCUCCUGUUCCUAUGUAUGCAUAGCUAUCCUGAAGCCUAGACAUUCACGCUACACAAAUGCCCAGGCAAUGACUAUCUCCAACAAGAGAGAAUCUAACCAUCUGCCCAUGACAGUCAAUGGCAUCAUCAUCACUGAAACCCCCACUAUCAACAUCCUGGGGGUUACAAUUGACCAGAAACUGAACUGGACUAACCCUAUAAAUACUGUGGCUACAAGAGCAGGUUAAAGGUCAAGAAUUCUGCAGUGACUAACUCAUCUCUUGACUCCACAAAGCCUGGCCACCAUCCACAAUGCUCAACUCAGAAGUGUGAUGGAAUAUUGUCUACUUGCCUGGAUGAAUGCAGUUCCUGCAACACUCAAGAGGUUUGACACAAA